CCAACGACUCGACUAUCGCCUUUCUCAACGACUCAAAACCAAAACUGGAGCCGGAAGUCCAUUCUCUGACAUUUUUGCCCUCCGUGUCCCACUCACUCCGAGGCGUAAACGGUCAAAUCAGUAGCCUCCACCACCCGAAUAAAGCCGGAGGCAGAAGAAGAAGAAGCUUUAGUCCAAACAGAAACGACUCACAACCCCAAAGGUUCAGAGAGAGUGACCCAACAAAUCCGUUCGAAUUCCCGAAACAAAAUCGUGGGGAAGCGAUUCGAUCAGGCGGUCAGAUCGAAGAUUAGGGUUUGAGGGAUCGGUAGUCGGAAUUUAAUCUGUUAUCCGUCCGGCGGCAAUGCGCGGAGAUGUGAACGGAGGUACGACGCCGGCCGCGAACAUGGCCGAGAAGCAGUACGAGCAGGCGAAGACGUCGGUGUGGUGGGACAUAGAGAAUUGCCAGGUGCCCAAGGUGUGCGAUGUCCACGCCAUCGCUCAGAAUAUCAGUUCGGCGCUGGUGAGGAUGAACUACUUCGGCCCCGUCUCCAUCUCCGCAUACGGCGACACCAAUCGCAUCCCGGCGUCCGUACAACACGCGCUCUCCAGCACCGGCAUCGCCCUCAAUCACGUCCCCGCUGGUGUGAAAGAUGCAAGUGAUAAGAAAAUUCUGGUUGAUAUGCUAUUCUGGGCAGUAGAUAACCCCGCUCCGGCCAACUAUCUGCUUAUUUCCGGAGACAGGGACUUUUCUAAUGCUCUGCACCAGUUACGCAUGAGAAGAUAUAACAUCCUUCUUGCACAGCCACAGAAAGCAUCCGCGCCCCUCAUUGCUGCAGCAAAGAGUGUGUGGCUUUGGACUAGCCUCUCAGCCGGAGGCGCCCCACUUACAACUGGUGAAUCGUCUCAGCUUGCUAAUGGUAACACCAACUCUUUUAACCCCGAUAUGCUGCCGCCGCACUCGAUGCCUGAGGAUCAUCCGAUAAACAACCAACAACAGACGCCGUAUUUUGAGAAUCAGAAGCCUUCUAAUGGUGGAAGGGGUGGUGGUGAUCCUAAGUUUAAAGGAAAGCAUAACAGGAAAAACACAAAUCAACCCAACAUAUCGAGAGCCUCCAGUGUGCCAGUUAUGGUCCAAGAUGAAAAGAGUAGUGAUUAUCCAUACCAAACAGAUCAGACACAGGCAAAGCAGUUUAAGAAACCUCCACAUGAGUUCUUUGGUGCUAGUGAGAAUCUUGCUUCUACUAGCAGGUCUACACCAAAUUUUUUCCCUGGAAAUUCUGUACCUUCUGGCAGUAAUGGAAAUAGUUUCUUAGGCCAGCAAAACCAAUAUCCCCCUCAUCUGAGGCCGAACAACCUCCAUAUGCAACCUAAUUUUGGUCAAGAUAAUAUGCACCCUCCUAUUGCUCAUGCUCGUGGAUUUCGACCUAUUCCUCCUAGACCUGAUGGCGCUCAAUAUCCUUCAGCUCCACCAACAAAUGAUGGUCCUAGAUUUUCUUCAGCUCCACCUACAAAUGAGAUGGGAGAGCUGAAUAUUUCUGAUUUCAUCAUCAAUUAUGCUCAAAAUCCACCCAAUUAUGCUCAAAUCCCUCCCAGGUUUCCACUUCGAAAUGGAGACGAUUAUAACAGACCUAGGUCUAGUGGGUCACAGAAUCCUGGCAGCUUUAAUGGACCUCAUAGAGGCCAUAAAAUGCAGGGUGGCCAGCCGUUGCAUCAUGAUUCUGCCAACAACAGGUAUAUUCCUCCUUCAUCGACCCCUGUAACAAAUGACAUUCCCAAUAAUGAUGAUUGGGGAAGUCAGGGUCGUACACCACCUUCUGAAUAUGUUCAAGGCCUUAUUGGCAUUAUUCUUCUCGCCUUGAACACCCUGAAAGUAGAGAAAAUUAUGCCUACUGAAGCAAACAUUACUGAUUGCAUCCGUUAUGGUGAUCCAAAACACCGAGAUACCAAUGUAAGGAAGGCUUUGGAUUAUGCAAUAGAGCAACAUAUGAUAGUCAAGCAGAAUCUGGGUGUUGCACUUCCAAUGUAUAUUCGAAAAAAUGAAAACUUAUGGAAGUGUGUGAAUCUUAGCGGUGGUAAUCUUAAUCAGUACUCUAAAGCUACAUGGGAUUCAAUACAAAAAUUUCUCACUUCAUCAGAUGGACGAUCGGCAAUAAUGGCUUCUCAAUGCAGAUAUGAAGCAGCUACAAUUAUGAAAAAAGCAUGCUUGCAGAAGCUUGCUUUGGGUAAUGUACUCAAGAUCUUGAAUAUGACAAUUGCUAUGAAGAAAUGGAUCAUUCCUCAUCAGUCAGGAUGGCAACCAAUCUCUAUAACUCUUGCAGAGGCUAAACUUGAAGUAUCUUAUGAUCUUGGUACUUGAUUUAAUCAACCUCUUUAUGUGCAGCAAGUGGCUCUAAGAUGGUCACAACUGCCAAAAGUAUUAUCAGUUUAUUGAACCUUUGAUCAAAUGGGUUCACUUUUUGAAAAGCAAUUCACAUUAAAGGUGUCUAAGAUCUUAUGGGAUGGAAACCUUUACAUUGUGAACCAAGUAAGUAGAACUAGGUUUCUUUGGCUUUUGUUUUUCUCCCUGCCCCCAAUUUCCCUUUUCAUCCUUCCAUUGCUCCCUUGGGGUAUUUGACGAGCUUCUAAGAAGUGUUAGAUAUGCUGAUUACACCAUCAAAGUACUUUCAAGUUGCCUAUGUUACAUUUUUUUUUUUUGCGCAUUACAAAUCAUGGAAAUAUGUCAGGAGGAAGUGUAUUAUCAUGUUUCAGCACGUGAAGGUGUGGGCAACCUUAUGAAGCGGUGGACAAGUUAAGAAAUGUUCUUUCUCGGUAGCAAGAUUAUGAAGCUGUGGAGAAGUUCACGUUUUUGGAUCAGAUGACCAUGUUAUGCGGACAUUGUGAUUCGAUUUCUCAUGUAAAUGGACUAUAUUGAAGACGCUCUAGAUCGGGUAUAUGCAACGGAUUGGAGUUUGGUUGUUUACUUCAAGAGAAAAAGUUUACAGAGGAACUAUGAAGUUUGACUCAGCAUUUUGAAGUAUCUUUCAUUUAAGAAAGCAAAGGUUAGCUAUCCUACCAAAACACAUCCCUGUAGGUAUGUGAUUUCUGGAAUCUGGUGUGGCUAGUAGCUAUAGUAUGUGCAUGGAUUUUGCAAAUAAAAUUUGGACAGUUUUUUUGUAUCCUAUUUGCAUUAAAUAAUUUAUAAUAGAGAUCUUUUGUA